AGUGCCCUGCACCGCCAUCAAAAGUAGAGAAGAAGAAGAAAUCCCGGAAGCACAUGGUGACCAGUGUGGGAAUGUGUACAACUCAACUGGAUCUUUACAGUUUUGUCUUAUUUCAAUUUCCCUACAUAACCACCGGCGUACAAGCGUGUUUUUUGGUUGUCAUUGUAAAGUCUCGCUUUGUUUGUUGACGUGUAACGAGCAGGUAUAUCUCGUUUCCGUCAUGGUUCGAGCAAAAAGGGGUAAGGCCUUACAAAGGCCAAGAAGGACCCAACAAUAUGAUGAAGAUGACCCUGAUGCCUACAAAGACAUGCCUGUCCCUGACAAGAAAUCAGCAAGUUACACUAAGGACAAGAUCGAUGAGUUCCAUGACGAGAAGAUUGCAAAACUUCUCGCCAGUGGUGUUCAGACCGAGAGCGACGUGGAGGAACUGGAUGAUGAGGAGGAGGUAAUGGCUCUGGACGAUUCUGAGUCGGAGGAGGAGGAAGAAGAGGAGGAAGAUAUGGAAAGUGAUCUAGAGGGGAAAAACGACGAAGAUCUUCCUAAUGAAAUGGCUUGGGGAGCCAAGAAGAAGAUGUAUUACGACACUGACUAUGUGACCACCAAAGGGAGGUCUCGCGAAGAGCUGGAAGCUGAGGAUCAAGAGGAAGAAGAAGAGGCUAAAAAUAUCCAAAACCGUUUAGCUGCAAAUCUGAGCGAGGAGGAUUAUGAUUUAAACCUUUUCCAGGAGUUUGCUGUGGAGGAGAAAGAUGAAAGCAAGCCCGCUGAAAAGGAGGAGAGGAUUGUGAAGGACCUGAAGCAGAUGUCCCAGAAGGAGAAGAUGAAACUUCUGAAGAAGGAGUCACCAGAGCUGCUUGAACUUAUCCAAGACUUCAAGGCAAAGCUCGCUGAACUGAAGGACGAGCUGCAGCCCCUCGUACAGAUGGUCAAGGAUGGAAAGAUCCCACCAGGAAAGGGUGCCGACUAUCUCAAGACAAAACAGCAGCUUUAUCUCAAUUACUGCACAAACAUCAGUUUCUACAUGGUGCUUAAAGCAAAACGGAUCCCAGCUCACAACCAUCCUGUGAUUGAAAGACUGCUCACCUACAGAAAUCUCAUCAAUGAACUUGGUGCAGUGGACGCUCGACUUGCACCACAAUAUCGUAAGCUACUAGCUGGUGAGGAGGAAGGAAAAGCCAGCAGCAGAACAGCAGCAGCAGCAGGCAAGAAGACCAGAGUCACCAGCAAGAAGGAAAAGGAUUCUGGAGCAGCUGUGCCAGAGGUUGAGGAGGACUCUGACCUGGAUGACGAAGCAGCUCUGCGUUUCUACAAACAGAUGGAGGAGCGGUUGAAGCUGAAGAGAAAGGGCAACGAGCCAGAGCCUGAAGAGUUGGGAGAAAAUGUUGAGGAGGAGCAAGAGCCUGAUGAAAAUGCUAAGAGAGGAAUCACGUACCAGAUGGCCAAGAACAAGGGGCUGACACCAAAGAGGAAGAAAAUUGACCGCAACCCCAGAGUCAAGCACAAAGAGAAGUUCCGACGUGCCAAAAUCCGCAGAAAGGGCCAGGUCCGUGAGGUUCGUCGGGAGGAGACGAGAUACAGCGGAGAGAUGUCCGGUAUUCGUGCUGGUGUCAAGAAGAGCGUCAAACUUAAGUAACCAGGAGAGAAUCCAACAUAAGAUGCCAAGUGGAACCACGGGAUUGAAGCAAGCAAGACUGAUAAUGGAUGGUACUUGUUGUUUAUUAUGGGUGACUCGUGUAGUAAAGUACAUCACUGAUGAUUGAAAUGUCAUUCAUUGUUGUAGAAAAGACACCAAAAUGUAUUUCCCUGCAAAUAAACAUUUUACAAACUUUCA